AUGUGUGAUGAUAUUGAGACUCAGACUCGUUGUGCCCCCUGGGCAGCAAGCACCAGUCUGACACUGCUUGUCAUUCAGAACUCCCUCUCGCUUCUCUUGCUGCACAAAAUUCAACAGCCGAGCCUUGACGAUCAAUACCGAUACGAGCCCCUGACGGCAGUGAUACUUUCUGAGACCUUGAAAUUGAUCGUUUGUGUUGUCGUGCUGGGCUUCGGGGGGGCACCGCAGCUAGGAAAAGUCAGCAGAAUACAGCUGGCCACCGAUAAUCUUCGAGAUGGCCAUCUGAAAGCCGCGGCUCCGGCUGUACUGUACACCAUUGCGGCCGUGCUACAAAGCUUGGGCGCCCGGAAUCUAGACGGCAUGUCGUUCGUUGUUCUUUCACAACUGAAGCUUAUCUUGACGCCCAUAUUCUCUGUGGUAGUCCUUCGACAGUCGUUGACGAUGUUGCAAUGGCUAUGUCUCUUCACGAUAGCGGCAGGAGUUGUACUGGUCCAAACCACAGCGUCAUCUACCGCGACUUUCGACUUGAAGUACGGCCAAGACAUACGAUUGGGGGCAGUUUCGAUGUUGAUAUCCGGAAGUUGUGUUGCUCUUGCUGGUAUUUUGAUGGAAUCAAUCCUCAAGGGUCCCACAAAAUUCAUUGUACGGAAUGCCCAGCUUGCGGCUUACGCGUGUCUCUGCGCAGGCCUGAGUCUUUUGACACGUUUUGCAACUACUAUUACGAAUCCUGGGGGCAAUGAGACUGCUUCGUUCUUCAAAGGAUACCAGAUUCUUGUCUGGGCAUUCGUGUUCCUUCAGGCAGCAGGUGGGUUUAUAGUAGCAUGGUCAGUUCGUGUCAGCAGUACUGUAGCGAAGAACUAUGCGCAAGCAGUUGGCUUUAUGAUUGCUUCCAUUGGCCCGUCGUUGCUUUCACCAUAUACAGCUUCACUCAAAACUUUGACAGGAGUCGGAUUUGUCACGGCCGGCGUGCUUGGGUCUUUAGGCGACUAUCGAAAGCCCACGAAGGCGGUGCCUGAUAUCGACAUAAGCAAAGAUGUAGAAAAGGCAACGCCUCCCAUACGAAAGUAA